AUGGCCACUCUCGUUCCCCCGCCCAGUAAGCGCCAGAAGGUCGCUGCGGCCGAAAGGGCCAAGGAGCAGCAGGAGCUCUAUAGCAUUCCCUCGGAUCUCGGCAGCGUCCGCGUCCAAUUCUUCGACCAGGCCACCGGAAAUGCCACCGGGCCUGCAGUUUCGGUCCCAGUGGCCGAUGCUAACACUAAGAACCUUGAAACUCUUUUGAAUACGUUACAAGGCAACGACGACGAUGACCGGGUUCCGUAUCGCUUCACCUACCAGUCCGACAAGGGCGAUCAGACAAUCGAUAUUCUCGCAGACCUCUACCACUCGCUUCUUCAGCCUGGCAUCAAGACUACCGAGGAUACAGUCUCCCUAUUCUUCACUCCGCAGGCAGUAUUCCGAGUCAAGGCGGUCUCACGCUGCGCAGCCUCCAUUGCGGGCCACGGCGAGGCUAUUCUCGCAACUUCUUUCUCCCCGAUCAACUCAUCCACAAUGGUUUCUGGAAGUGGUGACUCCACCGCGCGGAUCUGGGACUGCGAUACCGGUACCCCGUUGCAUACAUUGAAGGGACAUACUAGCUGGGUGCUGGCCGUGGCCUACUCGCCCAAUGGUGCGAUGAUCGCGACCGGUAGCAUGGAUAACUCAGUACGAGUUUGGGAUGCGAAGAAGGGUGUUGCGCUCGGCGGUCCUCUCAAGGGCCAUGCGAAGUGGAUCACCAAUCUGGCCUGGGAGCCAUACCAUCUUCAGGAACCUGGAUGUCCCCGUAUCGCCUCGUCGUCUAAGGACUCGACUGUGCGUGUGUGGGAUGUGGUGUCGAAGCGUAUCGAGCAUGUGCUCACUGGACACAAAGGAUCCGUGACGUGUGUGAAGUGGGGUGGUACCGGUCAGAUCUAUACGGCGUCGCACGACAAGACCAUUAAGAUCUGGAACCCGAAAGACGGCACGCUCAUUCAGACUCUCGCAUCGCACGCCCACCGCGUCAACCAUCUUGCGCUGUCUACGGACUUUGCCUUGCGCACUGCCUACCAUGAUCACACUGGUAAGGUCCCCUCAACCGACGCCGAGAAGAUUGCUGCCGCCAAGAAACGCUACGAAGAUGCCGCGACCGUGAACAAGAAGAUUGUUGAGCGCCUGGUGUCUGCCAGUGACGACUUUACCAUGUACCUGUGGGAGCCAUCGAGCUCUAACAAGCCUGUUGCUCGCCUGUUGGGUCACCAGAAGGAGGUCAACCACGUCACCUUCUCUCCCGAUAUGACAUACAUUGCCUCGGCCGGUUUCGACAAUCAUGUCAAGCUGUGGAAUGGACGUGACGGAAAGUUCAUCACCACCUUCCGCGGCCAUGUCGGCGCUGUCUAUCAGUGCAGCUUCUCUGCCGACUCGCGUCUGCUUGUCUCGGCCUCCAAAGACACCACUCUCAAGGUCUGGGAUGUGCGCACGGGUAAGCUGUCGACAGAUCUCCCGGGCCACAAAGACGAGGUAUUUGCCGUCGACUGGAGCCCCGAUGGACAGAAGGUCGGCAGUGGAGGCAAGGACAAGGCGAUUCGGAUCUGGAGAAACUGA